GCUUGAUAACUGCGAAAGAACUGGACACUGUGAUGACAUCCUUGGGACAGAAUCCAACUGAAGCUGAACUGCAGGAUAUGAUCAAUGAAGUUGAUGCUGAUCAAAAUGGAGCCAUUGAUUUUCAUGAGUUCUUGAAUUUGAUGGCAUGCAAAGUGAAAAAUACUGAUUCUGAGGAAGAACUUAGGGAAGCAUUCAAAGUGUUUGACAAGGAUCAGAACGGUUUUAUAUCUGCUGCAAACCUUCGUAAUGUGUUGACAAACCUUGGAGAGAAGCCGACAGAUGAGGAAAUUAAUGAGAUGAUACGAGAAGCAGAUAUUGAUGGUGACGGGCAAGUGAACUACGAUGAUUUUGUGAUGAUGAUGUUGGCCAGGUGAGGGUGCCUUCUUUUUCCGCGGGAAGGAAAGGGGAGGGGUGCAAGGGUACUACGAGAAAGUUUGUAAUAAUGAUGUUGGCCGAGUGAGGGUGCCAUCUUUUCAGCUCGGGGUGGGGAGGCUGGACAUCCUAAAUGUACAGCAAAAUCUUGUAGCAUUACAAGUAUCAGCAUUCCCCGUUAUCCACAUUUUGCUCGAUGAGCUUAUCCUUUUUGGUUUCCCUUUC